AUGGGCGCUAUUGCGAGUAUUGCUGUUAUAAUUCGACUUCCAUUCCUGCACUUCUAUGCGGACUCUGAUUUCCUACAUUCCACCUACCAAAUUGCCAUCUGGUCUGUUGUUGAGACUGGUCUCGGAAUCACAGCAAGCAGCCUAGUGACCCUUCGUCCCCUCUUCCGCUGGCUUUUGGAUGAAAACCUAUCCUACGUUCGGCAUGCGCGCAGUUCCAGAAUAGACUCUGGCAAAUACCCGCUCUCCGGCCACAAAACCGAGGGCCUGAAGGGCUCUCAUGACCCAAGCCAUGGGCGCCUACAUACUGGGCACGAUGGUAAUAGCGGCGUGAUUAAUAUCGUAUUGUCUCCACUGCCUCAGGAUUCUAUCCAAUACAGCAGCAGUCAGGAGGCAUUAUAUCCUGAAGCAUGGCCUACCACUUCAAGACAUCACAUCACUGUCCAAACGACUUUGGUACAAACGGCUUCGGAUCGACGGCAAUAA